GAGUGAUAUAGAGGGAAUUCCAUAACAUGCCUUUGGCACCAGCCCAUCGACGGUGCUGCGACGUGGACCUUAUUUUGUGUGUUGGUGCUAGUUGGACUGUGCUGCUCUAAGACUCUUGAAGCGCUUCUUGCAAACAGUUGCCAUCUCGGCAGAGUUCUGAUGUCUACAUACGGUACUACGCGCCAUCACGGUCAGCCGUCUGCGAAUUCUACUCCAGCAUCAACAACUCUUUUUCGUCGCCUGACAUGGGAGGGUACUGUUCCCCUUGAAAUUCGUGUAGACUCAAAAGAGUUGCCAGCGAAUUCCGAUCGUGGCCUGGAAUGUUAUUAUAUUCAAGCUCCUCGUGUCAGUUACUUGCCGCUUCUUAUGCCUGAGAUACGACGGUUCUUGAUGGAUGUCGUAUUUGACGAGGCAGCUGGAAAGAUGCUUAAGGAGGAAGAAUGGUGGUUCGAGAGCGAGGAAGGUACGCUGUUGAAGUGGCACUGGCCGAUAGGGCUGAUUUACGAUAAUCACAUCAUCUCUGCUUCAAUUCGGCCUCCGUCUCAGACUUCCACAUCUCAUUACAAUCUGCAAGUGACUCCCUUGAAGCUCAUUCUCCACCUUGCAUCACCUCCCACAGAGAAGCUUCUUCUCUCGCCUUCUGCCGAGUCGUGCAAACAAGCUUUCAUGGGGCAGCUCAAGGAGGCAGACUUCGUACGAUGGGGAAAUACGAAGCGCAUGACCGGUCUCCGUAAGCAAGACCAGGAUGGUAUCUGGGAAGGCAUCAAAGAACAUAACUUCGAUGACUAUUGGCGCGUCGCAUCUAAGAUAGUGCCUACAACUGCACUUGCGCGGUCGGGUUCUCCACCACCUUCUACCAAUCCAUCUAUGCAUACAAGACCGCCAUCUGCGGACCCGCAGAGUGCGCCGGACCGUGAUAAUGCUUAUAACGUUCGCAGUAUUCCAGUUAGGUUGUAUUUACCUGAUGGGCCCGUGAUGCAAGACGUUGUCCCUCCGAACCUUGAAGAUGGCUCGGCGCAUACCCUAGUGCAUUAUCUAUCUACGCAUCUUCCCCUCCUCUUCCCACCUGCACCAUAUUCUGGCCCAGAACUCGCCUAUGCUAUGAUGCAUGGUGUGCUGGUGCCCCCUGAUGCGGAGAUGGCAUGGCUAGGGGCUUGUAUGGCAGGUGCAGAUGGGUGGGUAAGUGUUUGCGUAGGAAUCGCACGGUAGGCAAUUGUAGUGCAUUUCUACUGACCUACUUUUCUGGGCGAUAAAUGUAUAAGAUACCCUUUCUCCGCUGUAGCUUUUAAUUUUCAUUCGCCAGUCCAUCCUCGGUUGUUUUCAAAGCGUCUGUCUGCCAUGAUCAUUGUCCGGAUCUCAAGACAGUGAAUUUGUUUUCAAAGCGUCUGCCUGCCAUGAUCAUUGUCCGGAUCUCAAGACAGUGAAUUUGUUUUCAAAGCGUCUGUCUGCCAUGAUCAU